UGCUCGAAAUUAGUCUCAUUUGGGCGUUCAGCCGUUCGCUACCCACAUCGUCUGAAAGCUGUAGCUGUAUAUCUGAUCGAUCCGGUCCGGCAUGGGAAGUUUUCCAAUUCUACUUGUCGCAGCCGUUGUUGUUGUUGUUGGCCUUGCGAGUGCUGAGUUACCCCUCAACUGCGUGUCCAAAAUUCAGAACACUAGGGUCACAGGUCACUGCAUUUCGAUUCGGGACUGUGACUACUUCAUGCGGCUCCUGACCUCUGGCAAUCCCUCCCAGAGCGAUCGAAACCUUCUGCGGGAUAAUCACUGUGGAACAAAGGACAAAGUCGUUCAGGUUUGUUGCCCCAGCACCGCAGGCUUGGGCGCUUUGACUCAUCCAUUCCUGCCUCAAAAAUGUGGCAGGGUGCGGUGGCAACGAUCAAAUGAGACGGCGACGACAAUCCGGGAGUUUCCCUGGCUGGCCUUGAUAGAGUACACAAGGGCUAACCAACAGAAGUUCCACGGCUGUGGGGGAGUCCUGAUCAGUGAACGGUACAUCCUGACGGCUGCCCACUGUCUCUCCCAGGCUGCGGCCCUGGAUCUACACAUCACAGCGGUUCGUCUGGGCGAAUGGGACACAAGCACCAAUCCGGACUGCCAGUACCACGAGGACACAAAGCAGGCGGAAUGCGCACCGCCAUACCAGGACAUCGCUGUGGAGCAGCAGGUCCCACAUCCUGACUACAACUCCACUAACCUUAGCCAACUAUUCGAUAUUGCUCUGAUCCGCUUGGCUGCUCCCGCGGAGCUCAGUGAGUUCGUGGAGCCGAUCUGCCUGCCCAACAAGCAGCUCCGAGCCGACGAGCUGGAGGGUCUGCUCACCGAGCUCGCUGGUUGGCAGGCGAAGAGCAGUCCGCGGAUGCAGAAGAGCACCGUUACCAUUUCCUCGAUUGAGGAGUGCCAGCAGAAGUACUCCGCCCAAAGCUUGAAAAUUCAGUCCUCCCAGCUCUGCGGGUUGGCCAAUGCGAAGGAGUGUCACGGCAACGCCGGGGGACCCCUGAUGCUCUUCAAAAACGAUGGCUACCUGUUGGGAGGACUUGUGUCCUUUGGACCCGUUCCCUGCCCCACGACCGGUUGGCCGGACGUCUACACCCGGGUAGCCUCCUACAUCGACUGGAUACAUGAUAAUUUAAGGGCCUAAAAAAGGACUUUUGUUUGCAUGAGAUUUUAAAAACUUUCAAUAAAAAAUGUUGUAAUAAGGAUAAUAAAAGGACCGCGAAACGAAAAAGUUA